AUGAGACUAAGAAGAAUUGUCAAGGAAAAUCAUGGUUAUAAUAUUAGCCAACUUGGCUUUUUCUUCAACAACAAGCACUCUGAAGCACCUGGCAGCUUAGAGCACCAUAAGGCAUUUGAUAAAAGAGGUGUUGUUCAACGUGAUAGUGCAGAUACCAGUAAUGUGUUGGGAACUGUGGGUGGUUGUGAGUUGAGUGUGUAUGAUAAUGAACAUUGUGGCGAUCAUUUGGAUAUCAUGUCUAACUUUGACAUUACACCUGAAGAUGAAUCAUUAGUUCAUAAGCAUCAACUAGAGACAUUUUGCUGGUCAUAUAGAGAUGGUGAUGUGUUAUUAGCUACAGCAGGAGGAGACGGACUUGUGCAUAUCAUUAGUUUAGCUAAUUCAGAAGAAAUCAUGGCUUUGCAAGGACAUAAAAAAACGAUUUAUGAUUUACAAUCACAUCCUCAUAAUGACAAUAUGAUUCUAUCUACAUCAAAAGAUGGUACCAUGAGAUUAUGGGAUAUACAUAGUGGACAGUGUCUUGUUGUGUUUGAAGCAGAUGCUACUGUAGCAUGUUUUGAUUAUUCAGGCACCAAAUUAAUCUCGGGUGGUUCUCGAGGUGAUCUUCGCUUAUGGAAUAUCCCUUCUUCCAUGAACAUGAUGGACGAUGAACCUAUUGUCGUUGAAAAAAGACAUUCCCGUUUACUCAAGAAAUUGCAUGGCGAUAGCUACAUUGAC